AUGAUAUUACGACAAGCCAGCGUAUCGAAAGCCAAUUGUAGUGCUUUUGUAGGGAGUUUCCGACUGCUAACGACAGUUCCCUGCGUGAAACUUAAACAUGAUUUAAGAAAGGUAUUCGAUAACCAGCGAUACUGGGAAGAAAUCAACGAGGAGGUAUACCGUGCUGCCCAUAGUACGAGCAAUAGCGUUUUUGGUAGGUUUAAAAAUGACCCUAACCCGUUGAAAACGGGUCUUUUCCAAAAUCCGUUUCUUACCUCGGGUCAAGGUCUUCGAAAGUUUAGUGUCAAAACUCUCGAGGAAGCACAAAUAUUGGUGGACACUAUGCGUUCUGACUAUUCUAUCAAAGGACGUUUGAGCUAUAUCCAAAGACUCGACAGACUCAGCGAUCUACUAUGCCGUGUCAUAGACCUGUGUGAGUUUGUGCGCGCGUCACAUCCAGAUCCGCAGUUCGUCCAAGCAGCUCAGCUCUGCCACGAGGAGAUGUUUGAGUUCAUGAACGUUUUGAAUACAGACACGUCGCUUUGCGAAAUACUGAAAUCUGUACUUGCAGACAAAUCUCUCACCAAGCAGCUCAGCACCGAGGAAAUACGAGUGGGUAAAAUCCUCUUGGAAGACUUUGAAAAGUCGGGCAUCGAUAUGGAAGCCGGUGUCGGCGAGCAGUUCAUCAGCUUGUCGCAGCAAAUCAGUUUGGUGGGACAAGAAUUCAUAAACAACACGGAUUACGCGAAAACACAGAGCGUGCGCGUUCCUUGUAAGGAUCUUGAAAACAGCGGUAUCAGCAGUAUUCUGCUCGCUCAGCUCUUGCGUGAUGCUAGGGGAUUGAAUUACAAAGUGCCAACUCAUGGCUACAUCGCCUUCUCCAUUCUCAGAAGUUGUCCCGACGAAAACAUCAGAAUGAAACUGUGGACUGCGAUGCAUAGUUGUCCCGACCAACAAAUAAUAAGACUGAAACAACUGGCAAAACUUCGAGGAUACUUGGCGUUCAUUAUGGGCAAAGAAAGCUAUGCAGAAUAUCAGCUGGAUGGCAAAAUGGCGAAAUCGCCAACCUACGUCAAAGGCUUUGUGCAGUCCCUAGUAGAUACGACCAAACCACUCGCCGUUCAGGAGCUGAAAACUCUUGCAAAUCUCAAAAGUGAACAUCUUGGUCUCAAAAAACCGGAGACAGACGCCGAGAUUUUGGUUUCGGUGCGCCCUUGGGACCGAGAAUAUUACAGCACGCUAAAUGCUCUCCAACAGCAGCGGAAGAGCUUGGAAAAUGAACAGAUCAAUUCUUACUUUUCUCUCGGCACUGUCAUGCAGGGCCUUUCCAAUUUAUUUCAGAGCAUUUACGGCAUACGACUAGAACCCGUUGUUGCUAGUCCUGGCGAAACAUGGUCUCCAGAAGUUCGGCGCAUCAACGUAGUCAGCGACACUGAGGGCACCAUAGGAGUUGUUUACUGCGAUCUUUUCGAGCGGCGGGGCAAAACCACCAAUCCCGCGCAUUUCACGGUGUGUUGCUCACGUCAAAUUUACCCUGGAGAGACAGACUUGUCCACAAUCCAAGUUGGGCAGCUUAGGUCAACGGGUGAGAAAUUUCAACUUCCUGUUAUCUCGCUCGUCUGCAGCUUCGCACAGGAAACAGGUCCCGAGCAAAGUGCGUAUCUGUUGCAGCUGAACGACGUGGAAACUUUGUUUCACGAAAUGGGACAUGCCAUGCAUUCGAUGCUAGGAAGGACUUCGCUGCAAAACAUCAGCGGAACUCGCUGCGCGACAGAUUUCGUCGAGCUUCCGAGCAUUUUGAUGGAACACUUUGCGCGGGACCUGCGGGUAUUGGCCAGCAUUGGCAGACACCACGUCAGCAACAAGCCUGUGCCGCUUGAACUGCUGAAACUAAGUCAAAAUGAACACACGUACCUCCAACACACAGAGACGUUUUCUCAAGCCAAGAUGGCAAUGCUGGACCAGGAAAUGCACUCCUCAGUGAUGUUGACGGACAAACCUGUCGAUGUCGUUGACAUGUAUCACGAACUAGAGAAAAAGCUUGGGGUUUUAAGUGACGAUAAAAGUAAUUGGUGUGGACGAUUUGGACACUUGUUCGGCUAUGGCGCCACCUAUUACAGCUACUUGUUUGAUAGGGCAAUUGCCAGUAAGAUCUGGAGUCAUUUGUUUGCCCGGGAUCCAUUUAGUCGAGAAAACGGUGAUAAAUUCAAGAACAGCGUUCUUAAGUGGGGCGGAUCGAGAGAUCCUUGGGAGUGUAUCGCUGACGCAUUGGACAACAAUGAGCUACGCAAUGGCGACGAGAAAGCUAUGCGGUUCAUCGGGCAUACCGAGGAUAUCUAA